GCGUCCCACGGCGUCUCUUUCCUCCAAUUUUCCCACCAAAAGAUCCGAGUUUUACCUACCAAACCCGCUCCGAUCAACGGCCAAUGGGCAUCGAGACGGACGCGGCAGCGAGGGCGGGGUCCGAGACGGCGCCGAUGUCGCCGCAGGGCGAGGCAGCGGCGGCGAUGGCGCCGCGCGCGGGCGCGGGCACGGCCACGCCGCGGCGCGGGUGGCUGCGGCGCCUCAUACCGCGGGAGUACCUGUCGAGGAGCCGGCGAUGGAAGCUGGGCGCGUUCGCCGCGUCGGGCGGCGGCGCCGGCGCGUCGUCGAGGCUAGCGUCGCUGUCGCGGUCGCUCCGGUGGAAGCGGCUCCCGGGGUUCUCCCUCACCCUACGGAGCGGCUCGGCGUCGGCGGUGGUCGACGCGGUGGCGUUCCGCGUCAUGUACGUCGUGGAGGCCGUCGUGCUCGGCCUCGCGCUCUCCUGCUUCUUCCUCUGCUGCGGCUGCCACCUCUAGCUCUCAUCUCUUCGUCACACCACGCCAUAAUCGGGCGUGCAACAACUGC